CGUCAAUCAGCCACCAUGGAGGAACUCCAGAGAAAACUGAAUCAACGCUAUGAAGGCACCAAGCCCAGAAAGGUGAGGUUCAAGCUGGCGUCCUCCUACAGCGGUCGGGUGCUGAAGCACGUGUACGAAGACGGGCAGGAGCUGGACAGUCCGGAGGAGAAAUACCCUCAUAGCUUCGUUCACCGCAAGAUCCCUCCCAGCCAUUUGGAGGUGGAGCAGCUCUGUGGGUUUGAGGAUUCUCAUGGGGACCAACCAGGUGUCUAUCCUCCAACAGGGCUCAUUGCCCAGAGAAUAAACGUGUACAGAGGAAUGGGAAGCUACAAGCCUGCUGCAGGCCAGAUGGAGGAAGCAAGCGGAGAUGCCCAAUCCUCGGUGUUGGAUUUUGGCAAGAUAAUUAUCUACACCAGCAAUCUGCGCAUCAUCAGAGCACCACCGAGGAAGCCAGAAGUGGUGCGGCACCACAGCGGGCCUCCUGUGGACUUGGAGGGAUACCCGAAGGCCAGGGAGAGGGGGAGCAGGAGGAGGGUUAAAGCUCUUUGUGCACAGGACGGGGAGGAGAAACAGAUCAGUGACACAGAGACCAAGGAGGCCGACAGCUGCCAGCAUUGUGGCGGUUCGGGCUGCGCUCCCUGCUCUCUGUGUCAUGGUAGCAAGCUGUCCAUGCUGGCGAACCGCUUCAAUGAGUCCAUCAGUGAUCUGCGUUGCCAAGCCUGCUACCCCCAUGGUCUGGAGAAGUGCCAGUCGUGCUCCAGCAAAUAGCACUGUUUGGCUGACACUUGUGUCUGGCAUAGAGAGAGCGAGUUAGUGAAUGAGAGUGUGUAGCUGUGAGUGAGUGUAUGCCCGAUGUGCUGUGGGGUUUUUCACAAUUUUUCUCAGCGGCAAUAUUGCUCUAAUCCAAAGUGUUCAUGGUGGGGCGUGUUUCGGAGCACUAUAGGAAACAUAAGCCAUCAUUGGAAAGGGGAAUUAUGAAUUGUGCAACGGGCUCCAAAUCAUAAAAUACAAUUACUGUGUGCAGUGAACAUGGCUUGCGAUAACACAAACGCAUAAUCACUUUUUUUUUAUCGCAUGAUUUCGCAUCUGCGACCUUCUUCCUGAUGAAACUGUUUUCCACGACAGAGUUAUCAGUUUCAUUAAGAUGAUGCAAACAUUUAGCUUUUUUCUUUGUUUCUCCUGGGAAGUCCUGUUCCUAUCUCCCCUCUUUAUUCACCAGAGAGAACAAAACCUUUUGUUUUUAAUCUUCACAUGAUGUACUGUAUGAGGGUAUCUUAUGCUUUUUUGUUUUUGUUUUUCAAAAACAAUGGAGGAAAAAAAACUGGGAGAUAAAGAUGGAAUAAGAGAACAGGAACUACAGGCAGAAUGAGAGAUGAGAACGAGUCAAAAGGAGACUGUUGCAUUUUAAAGCAAAUUUGAUCAAUGAUUUAAGUACACACCACCCAAUGAUGGCAAUAUGCACUAUUGCUUUAAGGAGGGUGCUGGUAUGACACAGAAGCAGUGUUUAGCAUUUUGAAUUCAAGGUACUGGUGUUGUAAAUAAAUUACACACUUUUCAAAGCCUUUAAAGACUUUGGUGGAGUAUCGCUUUAAGACUAGAUGGAUAUAUGAAGAACAGUUAAAUAACUAUUGGUUAAAUAAAAAAUGUAAUCUCAUUCUCAGGUUAUUGCCGUUCAAAUUUGCUUCAAAGCUUUACCCACAGUUUUGGUAUAUAA